AUGCAGCGGGGCGCCACCAGGACCCUCGCGGGCGCCGCCGGGCCCGCCAGCCCGCCCGCGGUCACGGCGGAGGCGCCGGGCCGGCUGCGGUCGCUGGCCUCGCUGGACUCGCCGGCCUCGCCGGCGGCCACCGCGCUGGCGGAGGCAGUCGCGAGGCGAGGGUAUGCGGUUGCUCAGGCCGAGCGCAUCAGCGACAUGCAGCCGCUGACGAUGCUGACCAGUCAUAUAGAGCACAUGAUGGUGUUGUGUCGGGAGGCGUCCGGAGCAUGGUCCGAUGAGGAUUUCUGGGGCGUUCGCUUGGAUGUCAACAUGCCAGAAAACGCUAACACGCAGUUUCAUGACGAUGGCUUUGUGAACGUGCGCCUUGUCUCCACUUUUGUCGGCGAUGGCCUCAUCCUGGCCGACAAGGCGGCGGUGGACUGGAGGACCUACGAGGAUGGGCGUCCGGAGCACGUGCGCUGGGAAGCGUGGAACCCAAAGGUCGCGUCCGUGGAGCACAUGGCGGCCAAGGGCGACAUCGUGCUCAUGAGAGGCGGCUCGAGCGGGGCCUCAAGGCCUUGCGUGCACAGGUCGCCAUACUCCGCGCGGCGCGAUGUUGCGCAGCUGCACAUCACGGAGAAGUUGCCAGUCACCCUGCUGAGUGGAUUUCUGGGUGCGGGGAAGACGACGCUCCUCACGCACGUCUUGAACAAUCGUGAGGGCAAGCGCGUCGCAGUCCUUGUCAAUGACAUGGCUUCCAUCAACGUCGACGGGCAGUUGCUGAAGGACGGCGUGCAGCUGCAUGAGAACAAGGACAAGAUGGUCGAGCUGCAGAACGGCUGCAUCUGCUGCACUCUGCGGGAGGACCUCAUGGAUAGCGUCAAGGAGCUGGCGCUCGAGCGGCGCUUCGACUAUCUGCUCAUCGAGAGCACGGGCAUCUCCGAGCCUUUGCCAGUGGCGAGCACCUUCGCUGCUAGAGACGACAUGGGCUACCCGAGGAUCGGCGGCGUUACCCGACUGGACACCCUGGUCACAGUUGUCGAUUGCCUGCACUUCCUGAAGGACUACGAGUGUGGCAGCAAGCUCGAAGACAGGAAGGAGCUGGGCGCGGAGAAGGGGGACGAGCGAACCAUCGUCCACCUGCUCGUCGACCAGGUCGAGACCGCGAAUGUCCUGAUCCUCAACAAGAUCGACCUGGUCACCCCGGAGGAGCUGGACUCGCUGAAGGCCAUACUGAAGAAGCUCAACCCGGGCGCGCAUGUGAUCGAGACCAAGUUCGGUGUCACGAGCCCGUCGACGAUUCUGAGCACCGGCCGCUUCAACCAGAAGGAGGUCGAGAUGCUUCCAGGGUGGGUUCAGGAACUGCAAGGCACUGGAGCGGACCACACGCCCGAGACGGAGGAGUACGGCAUAUCCAGCUUCAUCUAUCCAGCUGCCUGCGCGCCCAUUCUACCCGGGUCGAUUGGGCAGCCUGGUGAAGAAGGGCGUCGCUUCGUGGGGCGUGCUCCGCUCCAAGGGUGUGGUUUGGUGCAGCAGUGA